CAGCAGCAGGGCCGCGGCGGCGCCGGCGCGAACGCCGGCGCAGGCGCGGGCGGGCCGUGGCAGGGGUUUGGGCUGCGGGGAGCGCCCAGCAGCGGCAGCAGCAGCAUCCCGGAGAGCGAGGGGACGCGUUGGACGGGGUCGAGCGCCGAGGCGGCGUCGAACGAAGCCAGCCAGGGCGCCCGUGCGGCGGCCGCGGUUCCCCAGAGCGCCGGGGGCGCCGCCACCGGUGGCGGCGUGCGGCGCGCGGCGACGCCGCCGGGCAGCCGCGGCGCGAGCCCGCGCGACGGCGGCGGCGGCGGGCUGUCGCCGGGCGGUGCCGCCGGCGGCGGAGGCGGCGACCGCGGUGGCGGCGAAGCGUCGUCGGCGGCGGCGGCGGAGCGGGGCGGGCAGGAGCGAUUAGGUUGCCGUGAGAUUGAGGAAUCAUGGGACAGCCCAAAGGUUGGGACACUGCACGGGGACGGCUGCACCCCCACCUUUUCGUCUUCCCGCCGCGCCGACGGCGCAGACGGCGCCGGCGGCGCCCGCGGCGCCGGCGGCCCCAACGGCCCCAAGCACGGGCAGGCGGCGCUGCCCCCGCCCCUCUCGCCGCGCCUACAGCAGGCGCGGCAGCACUCCUCCCGCUUCAGCACCAACAGCACCCAGACGCUCGUCUGCGCCGUCGCGGACGGCCAGGCGCCGCCCGGCAGCCCAUGCGCCGGCAGCGCCGCCGCCGCGCGCUCCCCGCGCUCCCCCACGCCGUCGUCGACCGUCGGGCCCCUGCCGACAUUCGGCGGCGCCGCCGGCGCGGACGCGGCGGCCCACGCCGACGGCAACGGCCGCUGGUGGUGGCAGCGCAGCAGCAGCGGCGGCGGCGCGGGCGCGGCGGCGCGCGAGGACGGGGGGCAGAGCGACAGCAGCUUCUCGAACGCCAACUCAGCGGUGCUGCAUGCGCGCGCCAAGUAUGCGGCGGAACGCACAGUCCAGCUGGACCGCGGCUGGACGCCCGGCAAGCGGCGCCGCGCCGCGUGCCUCGGGCUGCUGCUGCUCAUCGGGGUCGCAGGCAUCGUCGCCCCGAUCACGCUGACCAAGCGGCGGCCGUGGGUGGGGCCUGUCGGGGUCGCGGCAAAGGCGGUCGGUUUUGAGGUGGACACGGCGGUGGCGGCGCCGGCGCGCGCGGCGGCGGGGUGGGGCUGCGCGGCGGCGCUCGGGUCGGUGCAGGCCUUGGAAGCUUACAAGACCGCCUUCAGGGACGCGUAUUCAGCGGCGCUAUCCGUCACCCCAGACGCCGUCUUUAUUGAAGACAUCUGGUGCAACGGCAAGGCCUACUUCCACGCUUCUCCGCCGCCGCCGGCCGCCGCCACGGGCGCCGCCGGCAGCGCGGGCGCCGGCGCCGGCGCGGGGCGGCUCGACGGGACCGCCAUGCUCGAGGCCGCGCGGCGCUCAGGGGCCGGGGCGCGGGCGGCGCGGGACGCCGCGGCCGGGGACGGGGACGAGGGGAAGCUUCCGGCCGGCUUCUCCACGAUGUCACCGCGCGCCCCGCUGCGGUCCGCGGCGCCGCAGCAGCAGGAAACGCCGCCGCAGCCUGAGCAGCAGCAGCAGCAGCAGCAGCAGUCCGGAACACAGGCAAAGCCACAGCCGCCGAAGCAGAAGCCGCAGGAGCCGCAGCUGCUCGUGCAGCCAGAGGGGUGGAUGGUGUUCAACGACCAAUCUUCAAGCGCGGAAGGGCAGCCGCCGGCGGCCGCGCCCACACGUAAAGUCAGGCGCGAGCUUCUCCAGGCGGGCCGGGAGGUGAUGACAAUCACGACGAAGUUCACGGUGGUGGUGUCCACAAGCACGCCGGAGGACCUGCAGCAGGCGGUCAACACGGUCAAAGACGAGAGCCAGCGCAUCCUGGGCCGUGCCCUGUCCAAGCACUUUGGCUCGCCCGUCGUCACGGUGGACGCGCCGCGGCGGCUCGCGGCCGGCGAUGACGCGGCUGCCCCCGCUCCCGCAUCUGCGCCCGCACCGCAGCUGGCCGCGGCGCCGCCGGCCGCGCGGGACACGGACCCAGACACGCGCCCGGCGCUGCCUUCGAACGGGGCUAAAGGGAACGACUCGCAGUGGCAAGUGCUGCAGCGAUGGGAGGAGCAGUGGCAGAAGCAGCUGCAGCAGCAGCAACAGGAGCGCAAGCAGGAGGAGGAGCGCUACAGGAGCAAGCUUGUGGCCGAGCAGCAGAGGCAGGAGCAGGCGCAGAGGCAACGGCAGCAGCAGCAGCCACAAGCGCAACAGGAGCAGCAACAGCAGCAGCAGCAGCAGCAGCAGCAGCAGCAGCAGCAGCAGCAGCAGCAGCAGGAGCAGAAGGCGCCCGAGCUCGUGUUGGAACAGGCGCGCGAUCACAGUUCUGAACCCAGAACACCAUCGGCACCGCAGCAGCAAGAGUGGCCUGCCGAGCCGCUGCCGCAGCCGCAGCAAGAGUGGCCCCCCGAGCCGUCACCGUCGCCGCCGCUGGGGCAAGAGGCGCAGCCGGAGCUGGGGCAGGCAUCGCAACAGCAGCCGCAAGAGGAGCAGCAGCAGGGUUCAAAGCAGUUUGGCCCUGACCGAGCGCCGCAGCUGGACCAGCAGCAGGCUGCAGAUACCCAGGAAGCGUCACUCGAAUCAGGGGCGUCACCGGACCAAGACGGGGUGACGUGGAUGACCGCGUGGCCCACCGGCGGCGGGGACGCCCCUGCGGCUUCCGCUGCCGCCGGCCCCGCGGCCAGCCCAUCGGAACAGCCGGCGACAUCGACAGAGCUACAGCAGGCAUCCCCGCUGCCGACGCCGCCCGGCGGGCCGCCAAAAUUCGAGGCCGACCCCGCGCCGCCCGAGGACGCCGCCGCCCAGGAGGACGGCGUCGAGGCAGCCGGCGCCGGCACGGGCGUGGCCCCGGCCGCGGCCGAGGCCGGCGCGGCCCCACUGCAGGCCGGCGCGGCAGCCGCAUGGCCCGAGGCGGCACUGAAGGACCCCGCGUGGGCCGGCGCGGCGGCGUGUUCGCAGCGGCCCGGUGUGGACACGUCGAUAGAGGACAAGUCCGGCCGCCUGUGGGGCUGGGAGGGCGGGAGGUCCUGCGCAUUCAAGGGGGCGGGCGGCGUGCCGCUGGGGGUAGACCCGCCGACGGUGCUCACGGCCGCGCAGCAGCAGCAGCAGCAGCAGCAGCAGCAGCAGCAGGAGCAGCAGGAGCAGCAGCAGCAGCAGCCCCGGCAGCAGCCCGCAGCAGCACCAGCAGCCUGA